CAGAGGCCUCACUCAGCAGCCUUAUCACAAACAGACUCGACCCUGUAAUAAUUAAUGGCUCUUGCUCAUCUCUCUCCUCCCCUCUCUCUAUCUCUAACUCGAUGGACUAUUUUUCCUCCUCGUUUGCAUCGUCGUCUCCUACGCUGCUACUCAAAGAAAAAGGAAACAAGCUUCACCGACCGAAUCCUCGACUACAUCGAAGGUGGGCCAAAACUGAGGAAGUGGUAUGGGGCACCGGAUCUCCUUCCUAAAGAUGGAGGUGUAGAAGCCAAAGAAGAUGAUAAUGCAGAAGAUGAUGAAGUACGUGAUGCGGUGUUGGUUACCGAUGGAGAAAGCGAAAUGGGACAGAUGGUUAUAUUAUUAUUGAUUCUUAGAAGAGCUCGUGUGAAAGCUCUAGUCAAGGACAAAAGGGCUGCUACUGAUGCUUUUGGGACUUAUGUUGAGUCAAUGACUGGAGAUACCAAUGACAAGGCAUUCCUCACAAAGGCAUUAAGAGGAGUUCAUGCAGUAAUAAGCGCUUCAAAUGAUGGUUUCUUUUCUGACAUUGGACGAACAAAGGGUGUUCAACACAUUGUACUUCUCUCUCAGUUGGCAGUCUAUAGAGGUAGCAGUGGGCUUCAGGCCAUCAUGAACAGCAAGGCGAAGAACUUGGCAGAGAGAGAUGAAGAGAAUGUUAUUGGGUCUGGGAUCCCUUAUACUAUAAUAAGAGCUGGUUUGCUACAAAAUACUCCUGGUGGCAAGCAAGGUUUCUGCUUUGAAGAGGUUACAAUCUUCCAAUUAGUAGUACGUAAGCACUUAAGCAGUAGCCCCCUCGAUUGCUUCUACAGAAGAUACAAAAAGCUCAGCAAAGAGGAUGCAGCUUUUGUAUGCGUGGAGGCACUUGAUGCAAUUCCUCAGAAAGGACUCAUAUUUGAGGUGACAAAUGGAGAGGAGAAGAUUUCAGACUGGAAAGAAUGGUUUGCUAUAAUGCUAAGCAAGGAGAGCAGUUGAGUUGAGGUAGUGGUGCACGAGUUUGCUUACAAAGUCAUCUGCUAGUAUGAUGAGCAAAGCGGCAAUGUGGAUUGUGAUGGUUUGAUUUGUAUAUUUAAUUUUCUUCUUCAAAGAAAUGUAUGUGAAUGUCUUGUUUAUGUUUACAUAGAUAUGAAAUGUGAAAAUCUUACUUGAAUAAAUUUGUGAUUACUCCUACCA